ACGGCGCAAUUAAUAUUGCUUGUCAGUAGCCCAUUGUUAGUGUGAAUUCGAGCGACAUCGGUGAUAUCGAUAAGCAAUCAUGAGGAUCGCCGUCACAUUAUCCCUUUUGGCUGCAUUUUGUACCGUCGAGUCCAUUCCAGCCUGGUCGACUGAUUUGGAAGUUCUGAGAACUCGCAUAAGGGACCUCAAAUGGAAUGUAGAGACUAUUAUACGUCAUCUUGAGUUGCUUGGUAGCAUGGCCGAGGACGAUACCGUUUGGGCAGUCUCGUUAAAAUGGAACAAAGAACAAGACCACUGCAGAAUGUUGGAAACUGAAUUACGUACUGUGAUACGCAAAGAAGUAGAUGCCGCCAAGGCGGAUGGUAAAAAGGAUGUGGAAGCAUGCUACAAGGAGGCCGUCGAUGGUAUUUCAGCCACUGUGAAAAAGUCACAUGAAGAGGCUGCAAAGUGCGGAGAAACCGCUAAAGAUAAAAUUCAUAAUGAUCUCAGUUUUAUUAACAAUCUUAUCUCGACUGCAGAAUUGCUUUUGGUAGAGCUAGAGAAUAUCAUCCUGGACUGUUACGACAGCGACAUUCACAGAAUGCAGUCCUGCAUCCACAGCGAACUGGCAAAAGCAGAAAAUUCUUUGAGGACCUUGGAGAGCGACAUCAUCACUGCAGAGAAGACCGUUCACCGCGUGUCCGAUAAUGUUGUUAUGCAGGCCGGCAAUUGCAUUGAAGGCGCUUAUUCUACCUUGCGUACGUCGGGCCCUGUAGUCAAAAUGGGAGUCAAUAAAUGCAUUCUAAAAAAAUACUAGAAACCCUGUAACUUUAAAACUGUAUUUGCUAUUGACCGUUCUUUAUUGAAAUAAAUGAUUCUGGAAAACAAUUGCGACGUGUCAAGAUUGUCAUUAAAAAAAAAAAGAAUUAUAAUGUUAUGAGAUAUAUUGAAAGAUACUAAAAUUAGGAUAAUUCAUAGCUCGUGUAUCCGCAGUCAGAAUUCCAUGGUAUUUUUCAUGAGAAUAAUUUUACAUGUAAAUUUCACAUGUAUUAAAAAAUAAAAACAUUCUCA